AUGGCUGAGAGGAAGCAAUCCGGGAAGGCGGCAGAGGACGAAGAGGUCCCUGCCUUUUUUAAAAACCUGGGCUCAGGCAGCCCCAAACCUCGGCAGAAAUUCUGUGGCAUGUUCUGCCCGGUGGAAGGGUCCUCGGAGAACAAGACCAUCGACUUCGACUCGCUGACGGUGGGCCGGGGCUCGGGGCAGGUGGUGGCCCAGCAGCGGGACGUCGCGCACUUGGGCCCCGACCCGCAGACGCCCUACUCCCGGCAGGGCCGGCGCGCCGGCGGGGAGCCAUCUGUUGAAUCGAGCAGGAAGGUGGAGAUCCGGCGGGCCUCGGGCAAGGAAGCCCUGCAGAACAUCAACGACCAGAGUGAUCGUCUUCUGAUCAAAGGAGGUAAAAUUGUUAAUGAUGACCAGUCAUUCUAUGCAGACAUAUACAUGGAGGAUGGGUUAAUCAAGCAAAUAGGAGAAAACCUGAUUGUGCCGGGAGGGGUGAAGACCAUCGAAGCCCAUUCCAGAAUGGUGAUCCCUGGAGGGAUUGAUGUCCAUACCCGCUUCCAGAUGCCUGAUCAGGGGAUGACCUCUGCUGAUGACUUCUUCCAAGGCACCAAGGCAGCCCUGGCUGGAGGAACCACCAUGAUCAUUGACCACGUGGUUCCUGAGCCUGGGACGAGCCUGCUGGCCGCCUUCGACCAGUGGCGGGAAUGGGCCGACAGCAAGUCCUGCUGCGACUACUCUCUGCACGUGGACAUCACCGAAUGGCACAAAGGCGUGCAGGAGGAGAUGGAGGCCCUGGUGAAGGACCAUGGAGUGAAUUCCUUCCUCGUGUACAUGGCUUUCAAAGAUCGCUUCCAGCUCACGGAUUCCCAGAUCUAUGAAGUCCUGAGUGUGAUCCGGGAUAUUGGAGCGAUUGCCCAGGUCCACGCGGAAAACGGCGACAUCAUCGCAGAGGAGCAGCAGAGGAUCCUGGAUCUGGGCAUCACAGGCCCUGAGGGACAUGUGCUGAGCCGGCCUGAGGAGGUCGAGGCUGAAGCCGUGAACCGUUCCAUCACCAUCGCCAACCAGACCAACUGCCCUCUGUACAUCACCAAGGUGAUGAGCAAGAGCGCAGCGGAAGUCAUCGCCCAGGCCCGGAAAAAGGGAACCGUGGUAUACGGCGAGCCCAUCACUGCCAGCUUGGGGACCGACGGCUCUCACUACUGGAGCAAGAACUGGGCCAAGGCUGCUGCCUUUGUCACCUCCCCGCCCCUGAGCCCUGACCCGACCACCCCAGACUUUCUGAACUCCUUGCUGUCAUGUGGAGAUCUCCAGGUGACCGGCAGCGCUCACUGUACCUUCAACACGGCCCAGAAGGCUGUCGGAAAGGACAACUUCACCCUGAUCCCUGAGGGCACCAACGGCACGGAGGAGCGGAUGUCUGUCAUCUGGGACAAGGCUGUGGUCACUGGGAAGAUGGAUGAGAACCAGUUUGUGGCUGUGACCAGCACCAAUGCUGCCAAAGUCUUCAACCUGUACCCCCGGAAGGGCCGCAUUGCUGUGGGGUCUGAUGCUGACUUGGUCAUCUGGGACCCCGACAGCGUGAAGACCAUCUCUGCCAAGACCCACAACAGCUCUCUUGAGUACAACAUCUUCGAAGGCAUGGAGUGCCGUGGCUCCCCACUGGUGGUCAUCAGCCAGGGGAAGAUUGUCCUGGAGGAUGGCACCCUUCAUGUCACCGAAGGCUCUGGACGCUACAUCCCCCGGAAGCCCUUCCCUGACUUCGUUUACAAGCGUAUCAAGGCAAGGAGCAGGCUGGCGGAGCUGAGAGGGGUUCCCCGCGGUCUGUACGACGGACCUGUGUGUGAGGUGUCUGUGACACCCAAGACGGUCACUCCGGCCUCCUCGGCUAAGACGUCUCCGGCCAAGCAGCAGGCCCCACCUGUCCGGAACCUGCACCAGUCUGGAUUCAGCUUGUCCGGUGCCCAGAUUGACGACAACAUCCCCCGCCGCACCACCCAGCGCAUCGUGGCGCCUCCUGGUGGCCGUGCUAACAUCACCAGCCUGGGCUAG